CCCUGCCUCCACAGAUAAGACUCUGGACUGCUCCAUUGGACUCUCCCACCAUUUAGUUUUAGCCUCCCUCCUUUUUAAUACCUUUUUAGCAGCCCCGUUCUUAUAGUCUUUUUAGUUUUACCUGUGUUUUUAUAUUUUUAUUUUAUUUUAUGAAUAAACCCCUGUGUUCCUGUCAAGGAUCUGUGUUCUCUUGGUUUUAGCAACUGCUCUCUCGCCUGAUUUUUAAAUCACAUUCAUUUUUUAUACAUUUUAAUUAAAUUAAACAAGGCAUAUAGCAUAACCCAUUCACAUACCACACAGGUCUAAUGAGCAGUAGUUUGUCACCACUUGUCUUUCAGAGUUAGGGUUAGGGACUUUUUCAAACUGAUGGAGAAAAUCGGCGAAGAAGGAGAAGAGUCGCCAGAAAGAAACCCCUCCAGCUCCACAGCAAACAGACAGGAGGGUGAGGAGAAUACACCAAGACACAGUGUUAAUAUGGCUGAAGGUGCCUCCUGCAGCGAUGAAACCAGAGAAACUCUAUCAGAGGACGAUGAUAACAAACUGUCUCUGAUCACAUGGAAUGUGGACGGACUGGAUGGAGAGGAGCAGCCAGAGAGAGCCAGAGGUCUCUGCUCUUAUUUAACCGAAUACUCUCCUGACGUGGUGCUUCUUCAGGAGCUCGUCCAACCCUACGUCCGCUUCUUGCACAAACAUCUGGGUGUCGACUACACAUUCAUUGAAGGUGGUAAGGAGCAUUACUUCACUGGGAUGAUGCUGAAGAAGUCACGGGUAACACUGCUGGACAGUGAGAUUGUCGCCUAUCCAACCACUCAGAUGUUGAGGAACCUGCUUGUUGCUCAGGUGCUGUUCAGAGGUCAGAAGUUUUGUCUGAUGACGUCUCACUUUGAGAGCUGUAAGGCCAAUGCAGAGGAGCGGAUGAGACAGCUGCAGCUCGUUAUGAGGAAGAUGAGCGAGGCGCCUGAUGAUGUCACCGUCCUGUUUGGAGGAGACACCAACCUGAGAGCUGCUGAGGUGGCCGAAGUGGGCCUUCCCAGCAGCGUGUGUGACGUGUGGGAGCAGCUGGGAAGGCCGCUGUGCUGCCGCUUCACAUGGGACACCAAGUACAACACCAACAACAAUAUUCCAGUCAACCGCCACUUCCGCUUUGACCGCGUGUACCUGCGCCGGGCUUCCAAGGACGGGGUCCCGCAGGUGGACCCUGACAGCAUGGGCUUGGUCGGGCUGGAGAAGCUGAAGUGUGGCUGCUUCACCAGUGAUCACUGGGGAAUCUACUGUAGAUUCUCUGCUGAGUAGAAAUGAAAUGCUAAAAAACUAGAAGGUGUAAGUGUCCUGUCUCAAAAUGCACAGUUUUCUCUCAUCUAAAUACACUUAGUUUAUUAGCUGCACCUGAAUAAAAUUAAUACAAUCUAAUACAACAGUCCUGCACUAAAUUAGGGUUGCACAGGUUAUUUAUUCUUUCUCAAUUAAAAAACAUCAAAAAAGACAAUGUCUUCAAAUUGCUGGUUGAUUUUAUUUUUGAUUCAAUAAACCCUGUGAACUGAAACCACACGACAAACAUCUGAAAUGUGACAAAACUACACUGUUUUUUUUAGGGAUGCACCGAAAUGAAAAUUUGUGGCCGAAGCCGAAUAAAAUUAAACGCUUGGCCGAAUACUGAAUACGAUUAAGUUUUUCACUAUUUUUUUUAAAUAUUGCAUAAAUAGCCUAGAAUAAAAUUUUAGACAUGUUUUUCAUAGAAAGUUAAUGUUUAUUGAAUAUUCUGAGAAAUAUCCCAGUAGCCUUUGCUUUUCAAAAAAAGCACAACAGAGUUUUUCAUUUAUAUUAGGCCUUCAAACAAAACAUGCAUUUAAAGUGCAUUAAAGUGGAUAAACCCACAACAAAUGAAUUAUUAUCCUUUUGGCACAAGUCUGCUUAGCCACAGUAGAUAGCUAAUAAUGUAAACAGAAGGCUCAAGUAAAUCUCAAUAAGUGUGUGCUUGUAACCUCAUACACUUAUACAGGUACACAACAUAUCCCAGGCCAGAACAGAUUUCUCAACAACAGUACUUCAGCUUCAAAAUAAAAAGCAAGAAAACUUUGACAUCUGAGACAUCUUACAAUUAAUUUAUACAGACAAAAACAUUAACAACUGUGCCUGUAUGUCAAAUAAAAUGCUUAAGAAAUCUGGCCCAUGAUUGAACCUAUGUUGAUCCCUGCUGUAGGCAUUCCAACAAAAAAAAUGCAUUUAAGUGCAUUGAAGUGCACAUAACAAAUGAACUAUUGUCCUUUUGGCAUAAAUCUACUCAAUCUACUCCUUCAGAUGUCACAUGUCAGUCUGUUCCUCCUCUCAUCAAGGACAUUGGAUGCAGCACUAAACAGCCUCUCGCUAUCUGUGCUUGUGCAUGCAGCAGCCAAGUACUUGGAAUGGUAACAACACUGUAGGUUCAGUUCAUUGUUAUCAAGCAAUAAAAAAGAAAUAAUAUAGAAAAUAAACCAAUCCCUUUCCCAUACUAUCAGCUUAUUGUUUUAAAUGUUACUGUACAUCGCCAUUUCUCUUAUGCACUUUAUGUUUUGAAAAAUGCUGCAAAACUUAUUGACUGUUAUUACCUGCCAUCUGUGCUAAGUCAGGAAAGCGGCCUCGAUUGGUCCUGUAACUUGAAAUCCGCGGACUCGUGAAUCUCGUGGACGCGAGCUGCAACACUGUCGUACAUCUCCGGUAACGGACGGCCACGGACGGAGUGGGCGUGCUGGGACAAUUAGCUUUCCUUUUAGCUGCUGCAGCCGUCUCUCUCUCGUACUCAGCAUGCUGUUCAGGGUGUUUGGCUUUUAAAUGACAAAUUAAAGCAGUAGUGCUAAAGGUCUUUGCAGAGGAACAACCUCUAGAUAGUUUGGUUGAACACUUGUUGCAAACUGCCAAUCUUUUCACGCUCUCCAACACUUUAAAAUAUCUCCACACUGCCGACAUUUUACCAAAAGGCGCCAGGUCACCGGGUCACUGCACGUUGUUUGAUUGCGUCAUUGCGUCACAUUCCAAAAAGGCUGGAAACCACUCAUUCAUCUGUGACAAUGUGUUGUACUUUAAAUGUGAAAUCUUUAUCUGAUAAGUUACUUGUAACUAUAAAUAAUAAUCAAAUAAAUGUAGUGGAGUAAAGAGUACAAUAUUUCCCUGAAUUUAGUGGAGUAGGAGUAUAAAGGAGCAUAAAAUGAAAACAGAGAGAGAGAGGGAGGAAGUUAUGGAAAGAAUCAUAAUCAGAAUUUUACAGUUUCUCACUUGAGACAAUAAAAGCACAUAUGCAGCAUAUAUUUGUGCUGCAUUUAACACUUUGACACGUAUUUCUCUUGAUUCAAACGACACUCUGAGGAAACUCGCGUGAGAUUUGAGUUACGAGAGUUCAGACGUCGUUGGUGGUGAACGUGUUAGCACCGGUUAGCACUAGCAAAGUCGAGCAAGACUAAAGUCACGUUUGAUCGCGCGAGAUUUGGUGAAGCUGUUAGUGUGGUGUGUUGGUCUGGUUUGUGAGAACCUGUGCAUAUAUUAACAAUAAAAAUGUAAAAUUAAAAA